UGAGAGAGGGUGACUCCUCCGGCGAAAAUCGUACCAAACUCUCCUCUACAAAAGCAGAGAUCAGCACUUGCGCAUCGUUAAAAAGUGCGAUAAUGAGCUCCGCGGGAAAACUCUGGAAGACAGCGGGUCUCAUCUUUAGGCAGCAAAGUACUCAGGCUUCUCAAACCCCGCAGCCGGUCAUCAAAGGCAAAAUCGCAAAGAAGAUACCAGCUUUCGUAAUGCUGAAGCCCGGGAAACAGUACCACUGGUGCGCCUGCGGACUCUCGAAGAAACAGCCCUUCUGUGACGGAGCACACAAAUCCAUGCCUGAACCCAUGAUCAAACCGAUAGCUUUUGAGGUGCCGACAGAGAAGAAAUACUUGCUGUGUCGCUGUAAGCAGACGAACAACAGACCGUUCUGUGAUUUGUCUCAUGUCAAAACCUUCGUUCCCGAAGGUCUGAGGAGUAUGUUAGGAAUCAAGCUCUAGAGAGGGUUCGACCCGGACAGAGUCAUCAGCACAACGCCAAGUUUCCCGUAUAAUGGCAUAGUGGUACUGUCGUCGAGAGAUGAAUAAAUGUUCUAGCUCUAAA